UGAACAAGCUUUGAACACUAUAAGCUUACCAGUCUCUGAACAAGGAGGUCAGCUCGGCGCUUCUGCCGAAUUUAUAGAAUCUCGCCGACAGCCAUGCGCGAGGCCAGGGUACCGGCAAAGAGGCGGCAACAUGAGAUCCUGAUCGGCAUUGGCUCCCGCGCGUUUCACGCACUUGCAGAGUCACAUCGCUCCCGGCCCUAACACGCUGCAAUGGCACGGGGCGCUGACCAUUUUAACCGUGCAACGUCCAGUAAGAAUUUAUCUGAUGAAAAUCUGACCCAAUACGGCUUCCAGGCCGUACGAUAUAGAUUCGAGGCGAGUGGCUUACCGGAUCCCCCGAGGCGGAGUUGCUGGGUUCGGCCGACAAGCUGAUUACUAUGUUGUGCCAAGUGGUCUAUAAAGUCCGGUAUAUGAUCCGGCAUCCCGGUCUCUCUACCGUCUCCUAUUAAAUGAGGCUACCUUGGCGUUUCGUACCUUGUCCGCGAGUGAUGUUUAAUAUUGACUUAUGCAUAGCUUAGUCGCGCUAGUUACCUUCUAGGCUUGUAUAUAGGCAUGCCAGCCUCUUGCUGUUGAACUUGAGUCAACCGUCGGCCCAAGUUAGUAUCGAAUUACCAAGAUGCGUGUCCCCUCUGGCCUCGUCGUAUUUCUGGGCACGGUUCCUAUGCCAACUGCGGCCAUGUUCUACUACCCGAACGUUGCUGUAUCGGCCCUCGAACACAUCCUCGUGGACAAUUGGGGAGCUUAUGCUUCUAAUUUCUCGUCGGCCAUCACGCCCUGUGAUAACUAUGUCACCGAAGUAGGCCAGCCGGCCAUAAACUCUCGCAGGACGACGUCUGCGCAGUGGCUACGCGUUGCGUUCCACGAUUUCGCCACGGCUGAUGUUGCAGCCGGGACAGGCGGGUUGGAUGCCAGCAUUGGAUUUGAGACAGCUCGCGGCGAGAACUCCGGGACCGCGUUCAACGACAGCUUUACGUUUUGGCGGCCCUUCGUUAAUGAGUUUAUUCCUAUGGCGGAUCUGCUUGCCAUUGGGACGGUCAUGUCAGUACAUCUAUGUGGAGGGAAAUACAUACCGUAUAAACCCGGUAGGAUAGACGCGACCGUGGCCGAUCCAAAGACCGGCGUGCCGGAGCCGUCAACAAGCCUGGAAGAGACAUUGGCGCAGUUUGAGAAAUCCGGUUUCAACCAACACGACGCCAUCGCCCUAACGGCAUGCGGCCACACGAUAGGAUCUGUACAUGCCGGAGGGUUCCCAGAGGUAGUCGAGCAGUCUGCCAUAACUCCGAAUAACACCAAUGGUGCAUCAAACUUCGACGACACCAGGGCCGUGUUCGACCCGGGGGUGGUCCACGAAUACAUCGACAACACAGGAGCCAGGGGUGGUGCGCUCGUGACAAGUUUCAAUGAGAGUAGUAGGUCCGACCUCCGGUUAUACGAGAGCGACGGCAACAAGACCAUGUUGGAGUUGUACGCUCAAGGAGAUGGGUUCCAAGACACUUGCGUCGACUUGCUAGGCCGUAUGCUUAAUACGGUUCCGUCAGGGGUACAACUCCAAUCAGCAAUAGAGCCAGCGCUCAUCAAGCCGAUAAAUGUAACUUGGGAUGUCACUAGCGAUAAACAGUUAGUCCUCUCGGGAAAAAUCAGGAUGCUGUACUCUGGGGAGAUUCCGAAGGACCCAGUCUCAAUGACUUUCUCGAAUAACUAUACGGAGACACUGGUCCCCGAGGACAACUUAGGCACUUCUGUGUUCAAACUAACCGACAGCCAAACGAACGCUACAACGCAGUACCUACCCUUCUCGAUAUCUAGCACCAAGUUAUCCGAAGCAUCGUCGUUUGCCAUCGCGGCGAAUGGCUUCGAGACUCAAGUCUUCUCCAUUCAAGAUAAAGCGUUUAUCGUCCCCAGCUUGACUCGUGUCGCGGAUGGUAAAGUAUCCAUUACCAUUGCAGCGAGAACAAACCAAGCCGAUCUCGAUCUAUCGCAAGUCUCAGUUAGAAUCUCGACUCCGAUUGCGCAGCCCCUUACACUUGCGCCUAAGAUUACACGGGCAGACGUGCAGCUCAAGAAGGGUGAGAGCCCGUUGGAGGAUAUAGGUUAUUGGUCCGGGUCCACCGCAAUUGAAUCACCUACUGGGGCUGUGAGUGCAACUUUGCUCUCAGGAGAGGAUGUUAUCGACACCCUAUUGCUCGAUGCUGGAGUCGCAGGGUGGUAAACCCUUCCGCAGUUUUCAGGCCGCAUAUCGGAGCUUGGUAUCAGCAUACGCUACAAUAUAGCUUUAUACGAGC